AUGCAGCUGGCCUUUCCCAUCGCCAAGACGGGUGCUCACAGCAAAGCCGAUGAGAUAGAUGAUUGCCUCGUCGCAAAGCGGCUGUUACUCCAUAACCACAUCGUCAACGAAGUAGGUACAGCGUACAGCGUACAGCGUACGGAUACGUCGACCAAACUACCAACACCCAGCAGUCACACCGUUCCACGUCUCUGGACGCACCAACUCGUCAUCUUCGGACGACGUGGUCGAGUUCUCAAGCGAAUAGGAAGAUCUUCGUCGGCCCACCCACCAAUGGGCCGGGCGAUGACAUUGGAUCUUCAGCCCAUCUUUACGCCCCCUGAUUGGCUUAUGACUCCGGCGUUUCAAGAGUUUCACAACCCAAGCAUCGACUCCACUUUCGGCCGCUGUCCCUGCGUAAGCGGCUUCAGUCUACCCUGGGGCCGGCGGAUCAUGCCUAGUCUUGGAAUCUUGGCCCACCAUGACAAGUGA